AUGACUAGAACCAACGAACAAAUAGCCUGUGCCAUAAAGAUGAUGGCUAUGGCUAUGCAGCAGCAAAAUGCUUAUUUUGCUCGGAUGGAAGCUGAAAGAGCUGCAGCUGAUCUAGAGGCAGCUGACCGCUGGUUAUGUGAGUUGGAGAAGAUUUUUGUCGUUCUGGGAUGUUCUCCAGAGAAGAGGUUGGCAUAUGCUGUGUAUAUGCUUGUGGGAGAGGCCGAACAUUGGUGGAGGGGCACUUAUCAGAUGCUUGUGGCGAGAGGAGUUACGGUUGACUGGGAGUGCUUUAGGGCAGUGUUCAUGGAAAAGUAUUUCCCAGAGAGCGUGAGGCACGCCAAGGAGGCGGAGUUCAUGCGGUUACACCAGGGAGGGCUAUCUGUGUCGGAAUAUGCGAUGAGGUUUGAGCAUUUGGCUCGUUUCUAUUCACAGGCUAUUUCUGAAACCUGGAAGUGCACAGAGGAUUGA